AAAAAAAGAAAAAGAAAAAGCAGAGAAAUUGAGAGAGGCCACAGUGGGAGGAUCAAAAGCAACACGAGUUACAAGGUAGCUUUUUAGCUUUAGGCCUUUUUAAGCGUGCUCCCACGGGAAGCAACCGGUCAACGCACGCUGACCGUGCGUUACUGGUCCGUUCCACCACUGCCCCGAUGGCAAAACCGUCAUUUCAUCCCAAAUCUUCUACAUGUCGUCUCCGCUCUCUCUCUCUCGCUCCUCUGCCACAACUAUAUAUGUGGCCGGCAGUCUUAUCUAGCUGUCUUCCCCCCUGAGACUUCCGCAACGCACACCCUCUAGGCUGCCGGAUUGUAGGGAGCCAUGCGAACGAGAAGAGGCCUCUGCUACCCCAGGACGCAGUGGGAAGCGCAUUGGAGGUCGUCGGAGGAGGAGGAGAGGAUGAGUAGGAAGAGGAGGCGGCGGCUCCCCCCCGGCGAAGCAGCGGUUGGAAGAAAGGACUUCGGCUGGAAGAUGGCGACCGAGGCUGUCUCCGAGGACAGCCCCGACUUCUUCGAUGGCCUCCCAGACGACCUGGUCGUCUCUAUCCUCUGCAAGCUUAUCGCCUCGGCCACUUCUCCCUCCGAUCUCAUCAGCGUGCUCGUGACAUGCAAGAGGCUGAACAGAUUGGGAUUAAAUCCGCUCGUUCUUCACAUGGCGUCGGUGAAAUCACUUGCAGUUCGAGCGAAGAAGUGGUCGGAAUCCGCGCACAGGUUCUUGAAACGGUGCGCCGACGCCGGAAACCUCGAAGCUUGCUAUAUUUUGGGCAUGAUCCGCUUCUACUGUCUACAGAACAGGGGAAGCGGCGCGUCGCUAAUGGCCCGGGCAGCGAUGGGCUCCCACGCGGCGGCGCUGUACUCCCUCGCGGUGAUACAGUUCAACGGGAGCGGAGGAGCCAAGGGCGACAAGGACCUGCGCGCGGGCGUCGCCCUGUGUGCCCGGGCGGCCUUCCUCGGCCACGUCGACGCGCUGCGGGAGCUCGGCCACUGUCUCCAGGACGGCUACGGCGUGCGUCGGAACAUCGCCGAGGGCCGCCGCUUCCUGGUCCAGGCCAACGCGCGGGAGCUCGCUGCCGUUCUCAAGUCCUCGGCAGCCCCCUCCGUGGCGUGGCACCACCACCGUCGCCACGCGCUGGUUUCCGGCUGCUCCCUCCUCAGCGAUUUCGGCUGCAACGUUCCGGCCCCCAAGGCGCACCCGGCCAACCGGUUCAUGGUGGAGUGGUUCGCGGCGAGGGGUCCCGGCGGGGGGCCGGGGGACGAGGGGCUGAGGCUCUGCUCCCACGGCGACUGCGGCCGGCCGGAGACCCGGCGGCACGAGUUCCGCCGUUGCUCCGUCUGCGGCGCCGUCAACUACUGCUCGAGGGCGUGCCAGGCGCUCCACUGGAAACUGGCCCACAAGGCCGAGUGCGCUCCCAUGGGGCGUUGGCUCGAGGCAGAUGCCGUCUACGCCGCUGUCGGCGGAGCUCCGCCCGAGGUGGACAAUGGUGGUGGAGGGGCGAUGUAUUGAUCAGGUGGAGAGCCUAAGAGGUCCUUUUCCUUUUUCGUUUUCUAUGAUUUUUUAUUUUAUUUUUAUUUUUUUUCUUCUUCAUGAAAUUUUCAGUCUGAAAUUUUGCUCCAAUAGAGAGAGGAGAAAAAAAAAAUCAAAUAAUCGAUCGUAAUGUGA